GGUAAACAUUCAAGUAUUCAACUCUAGUCUCUAAAUAAUAUUUAGUUUUAUUAAUUAAAAUAAUGUUACGAAAUUAUUAUUAUUUUUGAAUGUUUGAUUUUUAAAUUCAAUUUUAAAUUAAAAUGAUGCCUCUAAAUGAUUUUGAAAACCCGGAACUUGUUCCAAUUAGUAAUGUAUUAGGAUUAGCAUCCCAAAAACCACUCAUUACAUUUCCAGAAAUGUGGUAUCAGACGUUUUUAUGGGCAUUAUUUUCUUCAACUGUUGUCCAUACUGUCGCUGCGAUCAUUGCAUUUGCAACCCUUCACAAACAUAAUUUUGGAAAGUUUUUUCCCCUAUUUAUUUUAUUAGUUGGUAUACUUGCUCCUCUUAGCUCAGGAAUUGUUAGCAGUGCCACAAUAGCUUUUGUCUACCGAUGUUCAAGUAUUACAAUGCAACCGUUAUAUGCCAUGUUUUGGGGAGUCGGGCAAACACUCCUCUCUGCUGCUGUUGGUUUUACAAGAAUAUUGGCCACUCUAUAAAUAUUAUUAUUUUUAUAAAGAUGGUAUUUGUGCAUGUAUUUAUGUAUAAUUUUUGGUCUUUUUUAUUUGUAUACAUAUGUAUGUGUAAAUUAUUGUAACUAUUGUAAUAAAUUAUUUAUAUGUGUGUA